AUGUCAAGUGCUACACACAGCCCACACGUCUUGCUGACGGGCGCCAAUGGCUUCGUGGCCUCUCACAUCCUGGCCAUCCUGAUAGAUCGCGGAUACCCCGUGACUGUGACAGUGCGCUCCCAAGAAAAAGCGGAUGAUAUCAUCAAAAUACAUCCGUCUUGGAAAGGCAAGGUGGAAUUUGCAAUCGUCGCUGAUUUCACGUCGGCAAAACCUUUCGACCAUCUCUUCGAGAGCCCAAAGACGCCGUUUAAUUAUGUGAUCCACACGGCGUCCCCCGUGACGUUCCAGGUGUCUGAUAUCCAAAAAGAGAUGAUUGAGCCUGCAGAAAAGGGAACCACCGAGAUCUUGAAGGCUGCCCAUCAGCACGGUGGUACUGCGUUGAAGCGAUUUGUGCUUCUGGGAAGUGCCGUAUCUGUGCUUGACUCCUUUGAAGAUUUGUCCCGGCAAGGCAAGCCAUACACGGAGAAAGAUUGGAACCCGGUGACGGCUGAGCAAGCCAUUGACAAACACGAUAACGUUCUGGGAUAUAACGUGUCCAAGAUAAGAGCCGAGGCUGCUGCAUGGAAGUUCAUGGAGCAGACUCCUACCUCCUUCGACCUGACAGUAAUCAAUCCGGACAUCGUCAUCGGCCCAAUGAUCCACCCGAUCUCAGGCCCUAAAUCUAUUAAUGAGAGCAAUAAUUUUGCCAUCGCGAGCUUUAUUGAUGGAACACAUAAGGAAAUCGACGGUGUCACCUUUCCUUUCUACCAUUUUGUGGACGUUCGAGAUGUGGCCCGGAGUCAUGUAGAUGCACUUGAAAACCCCUCUGCGGCAAACCAGCGCAUUCUCCUCAUCGCCGGUCUCAUAUCACCCCAACUGGUGGUCAACAUUAUCCGCAAGAAUUUCCCGGAUCUUGCUAACAGGGUCCCUAAGGGUGAUCCCUCCCAGAUUUUACCUCCUGGAGUUCAUCCAACGGGAUGGGAUAUGCGCAUGAGUUUGGGAAUCCUCGCCGACGGUACCAAGGAGGGGAAGUGGGAGUACAUUGGCCUGGAAACCAGUGUCGUCGAUACUGUUGACUCGAUGAUAAAGCAUAAGCUCAUUUCGUGA